CGCGGCGGUGAUCCUGGCGCAGCUCCUGCGUCGCUGUCUCGGGGGCUUCACGGAGCCAGGUGACCCUCCUCCUCCUCCCCAUCAUCCUUGCGCGUGAGAGGUGGUCUCUCCAAGGCCCGACGACGCAGGCGCCCGGGACGAUGGAGCCGGCGGCGGCGGCCAAAGCCCCGGGGGACCUCGCCUCCCCGCCGCCGCCCCCGGACCUCAAGCUGGUGGCGCACCCGCGCGCCAAGAGCAAAGUGUGGAGAUACUUCGGCUUCGACGCGGACGCCGCGGGCUGCAUCCUGCAGUGGAAGCGCAUCUACUGCCGCAUCUGCCGCGCCCAGAUCGCCUACUCGGGCAACACGUCCAACCUGUCCUACCAUUUGGAGAAGAACCACGCCGACGAGUUCUGCGCGCUCGUCAGGAGCAACACGGAGCAGAUGCGCGAGGCCUUCGCCAGCGCCUUCUCCAAGCUCAGGCCCCCCGGGGACGCGCCCUCGCCGCCGCCGCCGCCGGCGCCCCAGGACAGGAGGCAGCAGGACCUGACGGCCGCCGUCCUGGGGCUCCUGUGCGAGGGGCUGCACCCCGUGUCCCUGGUGGAGGAGCCCGCGUUCCGCGCGCUGCUGAGGGCGGCGGAUCCAUGGUACGAGCUCCCCGGGAGGAAGUUUUUCAGCAAAGCCCUCCCCGAGCGCUACGGGGCCGUGCGCAACGCCGUGCGUAAAGACCUCGCCGGUGCGCCCUGGUGCGCCGUCUCCAUGGAGCUCUGGAGAAGCCACGCGCAGAACAGGACGUACGUCACGCUGGCCGCGCACUUUCUCAGCAUCGGCGGCGUCGGCGGGGGCGGAGCGGGAGGCAGCGGGGCGCCCUCCAGCGGCCGGUCCCCCGGUUACGCCUCCCGCUGCCUCAAGACGUUCGAGGUGCCCGAGGAAAACGCCUCCGAGACGACGGCGCGCGUCCUCUACGAAGCCUUCGUCGAAUGGGGCAUCGGCGCCAAGGUCUGGGGCGCCACCACCGACGGCGGCAAGGACGCGGCCCAGGCGUGCGCGCUCCUGGACCUCCCCGUGCACCUGCGCUGCCUGGGGCGCGCCUUCGACGCGGCCAUCCAGCGCGCGCUCCGGCUCCCCAGGCUGGCCGCGCUCCUGGCGCGCUGCCGGCGGCUCGUGGCGUAUUUCCAGCAGUCCCCCGUGGCCAGGUCCCUGCUGCUGGAGAAGCAGAGGCAGCAGGGGCUGCCCCGGUGCAUGCUGGUGAGCGACCGCGCGGCCCGGUGGGGCGCCACGCUGGCCAUGCUGGGGCGCCUGCGGGAGCAGCAGUUCGCCGUGGCGGCCGUGCUGGCGGAGGACAGCAGCCAUCACCACCUCAUGCUGGACGCGUCCGAGUGGGCCGGCGUCGAGGGCCUCGUGCGCCUCCUGGAGCCCUUCAAGCAGGUGGCGGAGAUGGUGUGCGCCCCGAGGCACCCCACCAUCAGCAUGGUGAAGCCGCUGGUCCACAUGCUGCUCAGCACCACGCUCGGCGUGCAAGACCGGGACUCCAGGGAGGUCGGCGCGGCCAAGGGGGUCAUCGCCCAGGAGCUGGCGCGCACCUACCGGGACGCGCCCGGCACGGACCUCUUCCUCAACGUGGCCACCUUCUUGGACCCGCGUUACAAGAAGCUGCCAUUCCUGUCCGCCCUGGAGAGGCAGCAGGUGGAGAGCCGGGUCCUGGAGGAAGCCAAGAGCCUCCUGGAAAACAUCCAGGCAGGGGGCCCCCACCAGGGCGCCGAGGAACCCCUGGGUGGGCCGCCCGAGGAGGAGGAGGAGGAGGAGGAGGAGGAGGAGCCGCCGGAGAAGAAGCCGGCGCCCCUGCGCGCCACGCCGCCUCCUCCUCCUCCUCCGUGCGCCACGACGCACACGCCGCCGCCUCCUGCGCCCUCCAGCGCCGUCCGCCACAUGUUGGCGGAGAUUUUCUGCCCGGCGGGGCCCGCCGAGGAGCAGGAGGAGUUGCACGCGCAGGUGCUGGAGGAGCUGAGUAACUACAAGUCCCAGAAGGUCUUGGGGCUCGACGGGGACCCCCUGAGGUGGUGGUGCGAGCGGCGGGCUCUGUUCCCGGCGCUGCGCAAAGUCCUGCAGAAAUACUGGUGCGUCCCGGCCACGUGCGCGCCCCCCGGGCGCCUCUUUGGAUCCGCGGGCUCCGUGGUGCGCACCAAGCGGAACCGCCUGCCCCCCGCGCACGUGGACGAGCAGGUGUUUCUGUACGAGAACGCGCGUAGCACCGGCGGCGCCGAACCGGAACCGGAACCGGAGGACGAGGACGAGGGGGAGUGGGGGCUGGACCACGAGCCGGUGACGUUUGGGGACGCGGUGCAGAGCGGGUUCUUUGGGGUCCGGGAUGGCCCCUUGGUGUAG